UAGUGGACUAUGUUAGAAUGUACAUUAUGCAAUGUGCUUAAUCCUUAUUAGGAUUAGACAGAGACUGCCAUGGCAACGAAGAGGAACGACCAUACAUUGGUCAUUCCCCUUCGGAUAGUGGAUGAUGUUUUUCUUUUUUUGCUUGCCUAGGAUCCAUAUUAUCUCGACAGAACAAUUGUAUGUGCCCGGUGACUUCUAAAUAUCGUAAAUGUUUAGUUACUCAUCUCAACAGUUCCCAUGUGUAAUCCUCAGAAGUGCAGCGCCUCGCUGUAAAGAAUGAUCUCUUUAGGCUGCCUAGAAUCAACAGAGCCGGGUGUCAGCGGGUGCCUCCGAGUGUACACAGAUACCAAAAUAGGACCGCAGCAGCCCACUGUCGUGGCUCAGGCUAAAUCGAGGUCUAAAUGGCUGAGCUGAUCGAGGGAGUUACACACGGUUGGACCACAACAAACGCAAAUAUUUGAAUGUUUCGACGAGAGGGAUACCAAACCUACCAGCACAUUUACUACAGAAGUUCUCACAAAUGUCAUCAAAAGGUCAGGAAAGUUACACAUAUGAAUUCUGCGACGCCGCUCACCCAACAGAACUCCUGGACACGCUCCGGGAAUUCUACACCUGCGGACUUUUCACCGACAUAGCGCUCACGUGCGCCUCAGGUGAAGUUUACCGAUGCCACAAAGCUGUCCUAUCCGCGCGCAGCUCCUACUUCCGAGUCAUGUUCACGCUUGACAUGCGGGAACGCUCGGACGAGCUCAUCACCCUUCCUGGUAUAGACGCAGACAUCCUCGACGUUCUUCUAACCUACGUCUAUACGUCCAGGGUUACCAUAACCCAAAGUAACGUCCAGAGUCUGCUAGAAGCUUCAGACUUGCUACAGUUCUCAGCGGUCAAGCGGGCCUGUGAGGAGUUUCUCAUCCGGCUCUUGGAUGUGGACAACUGCCUGGGCAUGCACUCCUUUGCAGAGCUUCAUAUGUGUGUGGCGCUGGAGAGAGAGGCGCGCAGGGUGAUGCUUAGCCGCUUCCAGGAGCUCAUCCUGCAGGACGAGUUCCUGGAGGCUGACCUAAAGAAGCUGACUGCCGUCAUGGCCGCCAAGAACCUUAACGCCUGGCGGGAAGAGCUGCUUCUGGAGGCAGUGGUCAGGUGGGUCGCCCACAACCCGAGGUCGCGCCUGAAACACACCCAGGAGCUGCUCCGCUGCGUUCACCUCGAACUGGAGGAGACGCGCUUCAGCAACGCGCUGCUGGACGUCACCCACAGAGCCGUGGAGCUGGGAAACGAGGAGAAACUCAGGGCGCUGAUUCUCCACUCCCUGAAGGCCAGCAGCAAGGAGUUCACCCUCAGCUGCAAGAAACUGGCCUCCCGUAUGUACGUCGUCGGGGGCUACUAUUGGCAUCCACUCUUCGAAGUCCACAUAUGGGACCCCAUCGCUGACACAUGGGUUCAGGGUAAAGACAUGCCUGACUAUAGCAGAGAGAGCUACAGCACCUCCCUGCUAGGCCCAGACAUCUAUGUGACUGGGGGCUAUAGGACCGAGACCAUCGAGGCCCUGGACUCUGUGUGGCUCUACAAUGCAGACAGUAAUGAUUGGACAGAAGGCUGCCCCAUGAUCACGCCCAGAUAUUACCACUGCUCGGUGGCGUUGCGGGGGUGCAUAUAUGCCCUGGGGGGGUACAGAGGGGGGGCUCCGGCACGAGAGACAGAAUUUUACGAUCCACUGAAAAAGGAGUGGUUCCCAGUAGCAGACAUGAUACAAGGGGUUGGAAAUGCCACAGCCUGUGUUCUGAAUGACAGGAUCUAUGUGACUGGUGGUCACUAUGGCUACAGGGGAACAUGUACUUAUGAAAAAAUUCAGAUGUACAAGGCAGAGACCAAUGAGUGGAGCAUUGCAACCAUUUGUCCCCAUCCUGAGUACGGCCUGUGCUCCGUCCCCCUGGACAACAAGCUGUACCUAGUGGGAGGCCAGACCACCAUCACCGACUGCUACGACGCCGAGAGAGACGAGUGGAGGCAGAUGUCCGCGAUGAAGGAGAGGAGGAUGGAGUGUGGCGCCGCCAUCAUUAACGGCUGCAUCUACGUCACGGGCGGCUACUCCUACUCCAAGGGCACGUACCUACAGAGCGUUGAGAAGUACGACCCAGAGCUGGACACCUGGGAGAUCGUGGGCAACCUCCCCACAGCCACCAGGUCUCACGGCUGUGUCUGUUUCUAUGGCGUUUAGUACAGGAUGUGAUCAU